AUGACAAUUAAAUGUUUGAAUCAUCAAAGAUCACACGAAUUCAUUUGUUAUCAAUGUAAUUGUUUGAUGUGUUCAAAAUGUAUUACCAUUCAUAUCAAAGAUCAUCCUGAUCAUUCCGAUAAAAUAGAACAUAUCGAUGAAAUCAAGGAUUCAUUGAGUACAUUGAAAUUGGAUGAUAUUAUUGACUUCACAACAACUAACAAUAGUGGCAGCACUAACAGCAUGUCUGCUAUCGAGAAUCAUUUCGAACAACUCCAUCAACAUUUACUCCUUGAUGUACUCAUUGUAGAAAGAGAUAUUAUCAAUGAUAAACAUACAAUCACAAAUCAAAUCGAUAAAAAUAUCAUGAAUUUGAAAUAUUUAAUAAAUAUUAUAAUAUUAUUUAAUAAAUUAUAUAAUAAUAAUAAUAGUAGUGGUGAUAAUAGUAGUAGUGGUAUUAUUAACGAGGAUACAUCAAUCAUACCAGAUACAACAACAUUAUAUUCAACAACAACAAUAAUGGAAUCAAUAACAACAAGUUCAUCAUUACAAUCAUUCAUCAAUCAUAAUAAUCAAACAUUAUUCAAUGAUUAUAAUAAUAAUUACUUUAAUGAUGAUGUUCUCAUCCAACAUCAUUCAUAUUAUUCAUCAUCAAUAUUAGUUAAGUCUUCCAUCGUUCAACCAUUCAUCCUUGUUGACAUCGUUGCAUCUGAUGCAUCAAUUACUACAACAACAACAACAAACAACAAUGAUAAUAAACAAUCUUAUAUUUUCAUAACACACCAAGCAAAAGGAGCAACACUGAUCAACACAUCAAACAACAAUUCAAUUGAAGAAUUAAAGUUUGAUUAUCAAUUUGAUGGUACAUACUCCUCGAUUGUUUCAAUUGGUGAAUAUAUCUAUAUAUUCGGUGGAUAUAACAAUGAAAACAAAUGGAUUAAAAUAUCAAUUAGAUCGAAAUCAGUUGAACAUAUUGGUGAUAUCGAAGGAAUCAAAGGUGAUAGUGAUAUAUCAGUUUGUUAUGAUGGUCAAGAUCAUAUCUAUUUAGUGAAUGGUCGCAAUAUAAAGAAUAGAAUUGAUCGAUUCAACAUCAAAACAAUGAAAUUUGAAUCAUAUCAUCAAUUACCUUUUGGAUAUAAUAAUCAAGCAUCAUCAAUGAUCUUCAAAGGUUCAUUAUAUUCAAUAUCAUGCAAUCAAUAUAAGCUAUUUCAAUUCGAUUUGACAAACAGAACGAUAACAGAUCAUCAAAUUGACAUUAUACCAUUGUCAUCAUGUCAUGAUAACAAUGGAAAUUUCUUCAUAUUAGAUGUGACAAACAAACGAUUCAUCAAAUACAAUGUUGAAACCAAACAAACAAUCAAUCUCAAUGCUGAUCAUCUAGUAAAUGCACAGUAUCCAUUUGUGAUGUAUCAUCGAGAAUCACCAACAUCAAGUUAUAUCUAUUCAUUUUGUAACUCUCUUGACAGUAAUUUCAAAUAUUCAAUUGAAUCCAAUCAAUGUGAACCAAUCUUUAGAGAUAUUAAAAAUCAUAACAGUUCGUGGUGUGCUUCCUCAUCAAUUACAUUUUGA